UCUUACAUAUGGAAGCAGAGUUUUUAAUCCAAAUGGAUUACACAGCAAUUUGGGCAGCAGUGGAGAGGAGCAGAAGCUACUGUGAGUGUGAAAAAGAACAGAAGGAGCCAAAGUCAGAAGAAGAUAUAUGUGUUUCUCCACAGCCAGUGCAGGGUUUUUACCUUGUCCAGACUUGGUAAAUGGGAAAAGUCUCUCUUUCCAUUCAUUUAAUUUCAGAUGGCUUUGAAAUCCUCAAGGACUGUCUCUUUCGCUGAGAAUGAUCAGGGCUGAAAGAUAAUGCCACCCCAAGAACACAUUUACCAAGACAGUGAAGAAGCCAUAAAGGGUGAAGUGUCUGUCAACAGAAAGACUGGCAUUUUCUCUGUUCCAAGCAUGAGAAAACCGUUUCCUUCAAAUUCCUGAUCAUCCCUUUGAACUUUAAAUCCUGCUCUCAUUUUGCAAAACUGCCUUGAGAAAUAUGAACUGGGAUGACCUUUGAGCCAGGAUGGAGACAAGAACAUUGGCAAUGAGAAACCUACUGAAGAUUCUGGGAUUUUUCUGCCUAUGGAUUAUGGUAGAGGCUCAAAUGAAGAUCCCACCAGAGACGGUGCAGCAGUGGGCAUCAGUGUUCUCUGUUGAACUCCAAGACUUUACAACCAAAUACUCUGGCUCUCUCCUACUUCAGAAGAAACUAAAGGAUGUAGAAUCCAUUAUUAGGAUUGUUGAGCUGAAUGGAGCUGAUUUACUGAGGGACUACUCUGAGGAAAUCGAACGAAUGUUGGGUAGUAAGAUGAAGUCUGUAAAGAGGUUAGCAGAGUCUGCAGAAGACGCCGACCUAUACCAUGAAUUCAACACUUCACUCCAGUUUGAUUACUACAACUCCAUGCUAAUCAACACCAUUGAUGAGAAUGGGAACUAUGUGGAACUGGGUGGAGAAUUUUCACUUGAAGAAAACGAACAUUUUAACAACCUGCCUGUGAAUACACUACAGAGUAACAUCCAAGUUCCCACCAAUGUCUACAACAAAGAUCCCAAACUUCUUAAUGCCAUCUACAACUCCGAGGCUUUAAAUGAUGUCUAUAUUAACAACUUUCAGAGAGAUCCGACACUUACUUGGCAGUACUUUGGCAGUUCCUUUGGCUUUUUUAGAAUCUACCCUGGUAUUAAAUGGACUCCAGACACAAACGGUGUGGUAGCCUUUGAUUGCAGAAACAGAAACUGGUAUAUUCAGGCAGCUACAUCUCCCAAAGACAUUAUCAUCAUGGUGGACAUCAGUGGCAGCAUGAAGGGGUUAAAGAUGACCAUAGCUAAACACACCAUCAACACUAUCCUGGACACACUGGGAGAGAAUGAUUUUGUCAAUGUCAUUGCUUACACUGACUAUGUUAGGUAUGUGGAACCAUGCUUCAGAGGAACACUGGUUCAGGCUGACUUGGACAACAGAGAGCACUUUAAGCUGUUGGUGGAGGAGUUGCAUGUUAAAGGAGAAGCAAAAAUAAAGAAUGCCAUGAAGGAGUCCUUCAAGAUCCUAAACGAGGCGAGGAUGAAUGGUCAGGGCAGCAUGUGUAACCAGGCCAUCAUGCUAAUCACAGAUGGAGCCAUGGAGGACUUUGAGUCAGUCUUUGAAGAAUUCAACUGGCCUGAGCGCCGGGUACGAGUCUUUACCUACCUGAUUGGCAGAGAGAUGACAUUUGCUCAAAACACCCAAUGGAUCGCUUGCAACAACAAGGGUUACUACACACACAUCUCAACGCUGGCUGAUGUUCAGGAGAAUGUCAUGGAGUAUCUGCAUGUGCUCAGUCGACCAAUGGUCAUCAACCACGACCAUGACAUCAUCUGGACAGAAGCCUACAUGGACACAGUGCUUCCCAACACAAAGGAGCUUUUCAACACCAAAGCUCAGAGUCUGUUGCUGAUGACUUCAGUGGCCAUGCCAGUGUUCAGCAAAAAGAAGGAAACGCUGUCACAUGGAAUCCUGCUUGGUGUGGUUGGCACUGAUAUUCCACUCAUGGAGGUGAUGAAGCUAGCACCCAGAUACAUGUUGGGAGCACAUGGCUAUGCCUUCCUGCUCAACAACAAUGGCUACAUCCUGGCUCAUCCUGACCUCCGACCUCUGUACAAAGACGACAAGAAACUGAAGCCAAAGCCAAACUACAACAGUGUGGAUCUAUCAGAGGUGGAGUGGGAGGACACAGAUGAGAUGCUGAGGACACCCAUGGUGAAAGGUGAGACAGGCAGUAUUAUCCUGAACAUCAGAGCCUCUGUGGAUAAACGGAAAAGACCAAUGUACCUCAUCAACAACUAUUUCUACACAAACAUUGCUGAAACACCUUUCAGCUUUGGCAUGGUGCUAACAAAGGGUCAUGGGAGUCUAAUGUUUACAGGAAAUGUAUCGGUGGAAGAAGGUCUGCAUGAUCUGACCUCUCCUGAUCUCAGCAUUGCCUCUGAGUGGACUUACUGUGAGACAGACAUCGACCCUGAUCACCGAAAAUACACCCAGCAUCAAGCAGUCAUCCGAUACCUGCAGGGGAAGGAGCCUGACCUAGAGUGUGAUGAAUUAUUGCUCCAGCAGACAUUGUUUGAUGCUGUGGUAACAGCCCCACUGGAGGCUUACUGGAACGCUCUGAUGCUUAAUGACAGGCUGGAGUCAGGGGUUGAGACAGCAUUUCUUGGGACUCGUUCGGGUCUGAUGAGGAUAAUGAGAUAUGCAGGAACGGAGACUAGAGUGGCAAAGAAGUUCCUGACUCCAUCGGACAAAGACAACCUGUUUACCAUUGAUCAUUUUCCUCUUUGGUACCGCCUGGCAGUGGAAAACACUCCUGGGAGAUUUUACUACUACGCUGUUAACGACAAAGGAGUGAAGUAUGUAAUAGCAACAACAGCUGUUACAGUAUCAUCAGGAGAAAGAACGGCAAUGGCUGGAGCUGUUGGGGUACAGAUGUCCUUGGAUUGGCUGGAAAAAAGGUUCUGGGCCAUUGCCAAGCAGCCCAGCAACACAGAUUGCUCAAAUGUUGAAGGUUUGUGUCCCCUGAGCUGUGAAAAUGAUGACCUGAGUUGUUUCCUAGUCGACAACAAUGGCUUUAUCCUCCUGUCUAAAGAGAGGAAUGAUGUUGGACGAUUCUUUGGUGAGGUGGACGGGUCUGUUAUGGCUUCGCUGAUCAAAAUGGGAAUGUUUAAAAAAGUGUCUCUGUUUGACUACCAGGCUAUGUGCAAGAACAGCCACCAUCAUGCCAGCAGUGCUCGAUCUUUGCUUAGUCCAUUGUACAUGAUUUUGGCUUUGAUGAGAUGGUUCUUCUCCAAUGCUGUGAUGUUUCUGCUGGACUUUAACCUCUGCGGUCUCUGGCACUCUGAUUACUUUGUGGAUGCCAAAGCUGGCUAUCACACAUCUCAUAAGCAGAAGAAGGUGGAGGCGCUUCAGCCCUGUGAUACUGCAUACCCUGGCUUUAUGUAUGACUCGUCUAUCAGGGAGGCCAACAGUCUCAUCAAGUGUGGACGCUGCCAGAAGAUGUUUGUGGUGCAGCAGAUUCCUGACAGUAACUUGGUUCUGGUUGUGACACAAGCCAGCUGUGACUGUUCCCGUCAGUUUGGACCUAUCCUGCUGCAGCCAAAGGAAAUCAAAUAUAAUGCAACCGUGAAGUGCAACAGGAUGAAGUCUCAGAAGGUGCGAAGGCGUCCAGAGUCCUGCCACUCCUACCACCCAAAGGAGGAUGCUAAGGACUGUGGCGGAGCGUCUGCCAUCUCCUUGUCCCUUCCUCUCUUCUCUGCCUCUCUGCUGUUGUCACCGGUCUUCCUCCAGUGGACAUAAACCAGGACAAAUCAUCAAACCAGCACAGGACAUGGAAAGAAAACACAGAGCAUGUCUACUAUAGUCAGUUACAAUCAAAUUUUAUUUUAUGUAGACGUUGAACAAGAAAUGUUUGUUUCUCUCUGAUAAAGGGAUAAAGGGCUAAUUUUUUUAUCCUUAAUAUUUUUUUAUUCAAUUUUGAAUAUUUUUGGAAUAGGUAAAAAUGGAUCAAAAAGAAGCUAAAGCUGAAAGAGCUACUAAGUGUCUUUUCUGACUAUUUGGGGGAAUUUGUUGCCUCCUGCUGGUCAGGUAUAAAAAGCGCAGCUUCAGUGUGCAGGCACGUUGCCAUGGUACUCACAGAUGUAGCUUUUUCAUACAGAAAUGUUGUGUGUGUUAAGUUUUACAUUGUGAAAAAAUCUUUGAGUAGAAAAUAAAGGUGCUUUUUAUAAACCUUUCAAAAGUCACAUGGUCCAAGGUUAAGGUUUAAGGUUAAGGUUUUCUGCAUAAUCUUCUAAAAUAUUUUCUACAUCUCAAAGUUUUCUGAAAUUAUUUAAAAGUUUUAGUUGUGUGUCAUCUGUGUUUCAUUUAACUCAUGAACCAUUCAGAACCCUAAACACAAGGGCAGACAACUUAGCAAUGAACCCAUUGCUAGUUUGAUCUUUAGGUAUUUUCUUACCAUCAACAUGUACAGUGACUGAUUUAGAUCCAGUUUCUUUAGGUAAAUCUGUGAAAAAUGUCAACAUAGUCUGACUGAUAGAAAAGGCAAUCAUUUGAUAACGAAACAUUCUGAAGAGGAGGUUGUAUGUUAUCGCACUGUCGCUAAAUAUCUUUUUAUAAGCUUUUUACUUCGUGAGACAUUGUUUCCUCAGUGUAACACUCCUUUUGAAAGAAAACUACCAAUCAGCCUAAUAGUAUGCAGCUAUGAAAGGACUGGAAAAUAAGAUUACAAGUCCGAAUGUUUUGAUAAAUAUUCAAUAAAAAACUAAAACAUGGAAAAAUGCAUAAAGUGUUUGGUAAUAAAGAGCAGGAGGUAAAUGAAAAAUACAUGUGACCAGAAACAAAGACCUUUUUGUUAUACAGAAUUUUCACAUUCUAUAGAAUAUUAUCAGUAAGCCUGGCACUUCUUCUGUGGUCCGCAUGUCAAAAUAGACACAUUGCACCCCAAGCAGGAGAGAAACAGUCAUGGUAAGAAUAAAGUGCUGCUUGCACUGCACCAGUUCUUGGGUUUCGAAUGUAUAAAUCAUCUGGUCUUUGCCAGGUUCAAAACAUAUUUCACCAUAAAACCACACCCAACAGGUUCAAUCGCAUCAUCAAUUAUUAAAGACGAUACAAAAAUAAAAGUUUGUGAGAAACUAAAUUUACAUCAUAAAGCCACAUUAAUUGAAUGGACUUGCACAACCCCCUCUCUGUGAUUAUGUUCAAAAAUCACGGAAAUGCUACAGUGAACCAAUUCAAAUGUUCAGAUUCCAUUUAUUAAAUAAUCUUUUUUUCCAGAGGGAACAAAUGGAACAACAAACCACAAAGAAACAUCUGCAAGCAUGAGCAAACUAAGAAUUCAGGAGAAGUAAACUGGAUUUCCCCAUUGAAAUGUCCUUAUUCAGGCCUGAAGAAAUAAAACGAGGCCCCAGUAAGCCAAAGAGAAGCUCCUGGACUGUGGUUAGGAGGAUGAAAGUCGUAUUCUACGAUGAUUCUCCCAUAUGUAUUAUGAAAUUAUGCAAGGACUUUAAUUUGGUGCCACUCCAAUGAAACAUAAAGACUCAUAGCAAAGUAGGGACACAUUAUGUAAAAAAAAAAAAAAAAAAAUUGCUUCAGAGUGAUCUUUAUCUCCAUGAGUUCAGCUUCAUAUCGAGCUAUAUUCGAAAAACAAAAAAAUAAGAACAAUAUUAGCAAAAUCUGUAUCUGCAUAAAGGUCAACAGUCUGCCAGGUCCAUCUCCUCUAAAACAGCAAAGGUUCUAUUGGGACACAGACAGGGACUGUCUCUGGAUACUUUAUGCUGUGGAAUACAGUAAAAACAGGAUUUAUCUGCACAAAAACACAUUACAGCUUAGGAGUAAAGAGAGAUUUUCAGUAUGUUUUAACAGUAUUCUGUCUCUCCACAUCAAAACAAAGUGAUCAUAAAAUUAAAUUAAAUUAAAUAAGAUACUUUUUAUUUAUUUCUAAGACCACAUUUACACCUGACUCCAACAUCUGACCUGAGCAAUCCUUCAGAGGAGCCCAAGGACAUUGACUUGACAAGUUUGGCUGUCUGACCACAAUCAGUGCUGAGACCCACUGAACGACCUACUGACCUGAAGGACCACCCUCAAGUAGCAGUGACCGGAACAACAAAACCAUCUCUAAACAGCUGUUGGCGAAAUCCACCUUGCUGUCAGCUAAUUUAAAAAGAUUAAAGAAUCAUCUCGAAAACUCUUUUUCAGAUAAACUUAUUGUAUUUCAUAAUUAAAGAAAUGUCUAAGAAGUCCAGAUUUUAUUAAUCGGUGGAUAUCAGGACUUCAUAUUGGUGAGUGGCUUUUUUUUCUCUGCCAUGUAGCCUAUCUUUAUCAUGUUGGGAACCAAAGGUACCACUGUACUCAAUGCAUUAGAAGUGCCUCAUAGACAUCAUCAAGAUUAAGAGUUUAGCUGCAAAAACUCAAAAGCACAGCUCUGAUGGUUCUGAACCAUGUUAAUAAUCACACGGUUUAAGUGAUCUGUACAGGAAAGAUCUGAUCGUUGAGGAUGGACUGGAAUACCAAGUGUGAAGAGCGUCGUUAGGCUCGUAAAGGAUCUCUGGAUUAGCCAGGAUGUGCGUAAAUGUGCCUGAGGUAGCAAACAAAAUCAGCAGUGGGUCACAUAUUUUAUUCCCCACAGCAAAUCACUUUUACCUUUGCAUUUACUAUUGAUGAGUCCUGCAACAAACCAUAAGAUUUCAAAGUUGCGAUUAAAAAUGACAAAGGAACAAAGAAAGACUAAACUUAAUAGAGAAGACAUCUCAAAAGUCCCGUCUAAAAUAAGACCAAGCAUAAGAUGAACACAGAAUAAAACGUGCUGCUGAGAAGAGUCUGGCAUGACUGUUCUACCUGAAGGUAAAACUGCAGACAUCCAUGAUGGUCUUCUUUAACAAUCUUUAAUAAUUGUUUUGUUCUGGACCAGUGGUACAAAAUACCUCCUGUCCAGUCAUUAACACACACAGUUAGAUAUAAUUAUAUUUUUACAGCAUUAAAAUAUCCAUAAUAUAAAUCCAACCUGAGGUCACUGUUGCUCUGGUGGUGUGAAACAGAACAAUGUGCUCAGUUCCUCCAGGAUGAACUUUAAAACAGAUGAAAAAACAUCUUCAUGUAAUUUCUAAACAUAUUACAAGCUUGUUUGGCCACAGAAACAUUCCUCCAGUCAAGUGUUUCUUCCUAAUUAUCAGGCAUAUUUUAAAUGCAUAAAUAAAGAAAGCGGUGAGUCUUUAGUUCUGGUGUAAUUAAAUCUGGAAUAUCUUAAGGCGCUUUAAAACACAUUCUUGUUUGAGCCGAGUUCAUCUUCUCUGUAUCAGUGCUACAUUUAGGCAACAGCUGUCCACUGCUACAAAAUUUUAAAAAAAAUCAUUUCUCUCUCUCUCUCU